UUUUUCGAAAGAGAUUCGACUUGUUUCCAGAACGUUCUCCUCCAGCUAAGAAAACCACCGCAUGCCCCAUCGGCGCCUUCCUCGGUAAGAUGAUUUGUUAGCUUCUGGACGUUCUUGUCUCUGCCAAGUGAUAAUGAUGACUGUUUCUGAUUAGUCUUGAUUUCCGGAAAACUGAGGGUGAUUCCUCUUUGAACGACGAUUUUGAGAGCUCUGCGGUUAGAUUUUGCGACAGCCACGUUGCGGUAGGAUCCGGCUGGACAGAUGUCCGGCUUACGAUAACGUCGUCGUUGGGAAAUUGAAGCUGAAGGGUAAAGCAUUGGAUGUCAAGGCCGGUGGAAUUAAGAAGAAGAAGAAGCGCGAUAGAGUCACUGUCAGUUAUCUGUGAUGAAUCAAGAAGCUGCAUCUCUGUGAGCCUUAUACUGCGGCUUCAAUUACUGAAUCCACGAUCCAAACAGUUCUGUUGCGAGAAAACGAAAUGUGACAACGAUGGAUUGCUCUGUAGAAUAUUUGACCUCAGCUCAUCACGUUCUAAGCUGUUAGGAGGUGGCAAUACUUUAUCAACGGGUUUAAAUGAAGUUGGCAUGAACGAGGCUGAUAAAGAUGGAAGCAACGAUCAAGGUGCUACAUAUGGUGAUAUUCUAACGCCAGCUGAGAAACGAUUUCUCCAGCAGACUGAAAAUUAGAGCUACAGAGGCUGGUAAAAUGGCAAGCAAGUCUCAUCGUGAUCGGAUCCAGGAAUUCAAUCGGUAUCUGGCCAAUUUAAGUGAGCACUACGAUAUUCCCAAGUGGGGCCUGGCUAGCCCGCUCAUAGUCUGCCAUCUCAUUCAAUUUUAUUUGUAUUACUCAGUUAAACUGAUGCAAUCUGGAUUUAAAGUCUAAUUGAACUUGAAGUGUGUGUUGGAUGUAGCUCCGAGCUGAAUUGGACUGAAAAAGACGUUGUGCAAUAGUAUGAGCAACGUUUUAAUGGCUAAAUAUCUUUUGUUUUAUUGAUUGAUGGUACGCUAACAGCACAUCAAGGUUUAA